AUAGUACUUUGGUUUCAUGUUCGCGUAGGUAUCUUUUAAAUGUAGGUCAUUAACAUGUAUCAUUUGUAUAAUUGUCUUAACUUUACAUUUUUUGUUUCAUUUCAGACACUUCUAGGAGAUUCAAAAUAAACGAAUGCAUCAAUACGCCACACUCUGAUUUUCAAAGUGUUGUUCCAAAGAGGAGAAAAUGUAUUCAUUGUAAGGUGUCGGUAAAAUGUUGGCCAAGAGUUUACAAAUCACAACAAGUUAUUAAAGAUUUGGUAGAAAGAUGCUCAUACUUUGAAGGCUUAUUUGGAUUGCUUGGGAAACAUCAAAAAGAUCUAUUAGAGAUAGACAUUUUCAUCGACAGCAAUGUAGAACUUGAUUAUACCGCAUUGCUCGUGCGAUGCGAGGAAUCUGAAACAAAGGGCAUAGAGUAUCUACGCGUAGUCGAUAGGAAUAUGUCAGAAGAGUCAUUUUCAUUGAGAGAGAACUUUUCUGGAUUAUUCAUUGACAAGGAAGGAGUGAAACUUGUAGAAUCCAUUUCUUCUGAGCAAAUAGAUGUAGUCGUGGCGCAUUCAGUGGAUAAGGAUUCGUUUCUCGAACAGCCACACCAGUUCGAAUUGCAUCGGGCUAAACAGGAUAUAAGCACCCUUCUCGAACUUACAGUAUUUGAAAUACUGACCACAAAAUUUGACAAUUUAAAACAGUUUUACCAAAAUAGGAUGCAUGAACCAUUUAAAGACGAAACAGACAACAGUAAUGCAUCAAGCUUCAGAGAACUAGUAAAACAGCAUAAAGACAAUGUAGAACAUCUGCUCGGGGAAAUAACGGCGUUCUUCAAUCGGAGCACUUUGCCGGAAAACAAACGCCCGGUCGGUCUUAGAUUUGAGAAGAAAGAAGUUAGUAAAAAGGUGAAAGAAAAGCUGUUUGGUCUUGAUAAAACAAUUCGAGGAUGCGGAUACAGUCACAGUACAUUUAAUGUAAAUGUUGAAAGACUUUCCGACGAAGACGAGCAUAUGAGCCGCCAGAAACGCAUAACAGAUUUCUUAAACAGAAAUGGUAUUACAAAUAUUAAAUUUAACAUCGUCUCCAAGACACUAGCAGAAUAUAAACAUGUGGGUGCCAGGAUAAGAGUCCAUGCGGCCGCACAACAAACUGAAUACCGUAACGGAACGCUUGGAGGAUUUGCAUCCUUCAAUAAAGAGAAAGAAACCUCUUCAUGUGUGCUUUUCUCUCGGCACGUUGCACAUGGCUGUAGUGCAAAAGUGUAUGUCGAUGGUGAGAAUGGACAGCCGACCGAACUGGGAGAGAUAUUACAAGAUACAUUACAAGAUGGAAGCUAUGAUAUAGCAGCUGCUAAAAUACACGACCAUCAUGUUCCACAAUGUGAUGUUCAAUUCAAGAACUCAGAAAACGCUCCACUUCCAGGAAAACUUUAUACACCAGCAGCUAAUAUCGAUUUACAGGCAAUAAUAUUCUAUUGA